AUGCUGGGGUUAAGCGCCCGACGAUCCACUGUUGCGCCCGCCAAAUACCUAGCCACUACCACCAUCCGUGGUAGUACUGCAAGGACCGUAUCACCAUCAUGGAUUGCACUCAAGAAUGAUUUCCAUUCCAGUCCAUCCAAUUCUGCUUUCCGACCAACAUGGAUGCCGAUGCGCGUAAAGACUCCGUGGAUCGAAGCCUUGACUAAAAGUCGCGAGAAUGCACAAUCCGAUCCGACCUCGGCGGUGCGCGCCCAUCCCGAUCUGUCCCCGAAGAAGAUGUCCGAUAGCUAUUAUCGCGCGAUACUGCCUCUGGCACAAGACAAAUGGCUUCUGGAUACCUAUCUCAAUGCGUCGGGCCAUAUCAGAUUGGGAUCCUUGCUGAUGGAUCUGGAUGCCCUGGCCGGUGUCAUCGCCUACAAUUACACCGGGGACUCGGUGAUGACAGUCACCGCCGCCGUGGACCGCAUCACCAUCGAACAUCCUUUGAUGGAGAUUUGUGAUCUCGAACUGAGCGGGCAGGUGACGUAUGCUACCGGCCGUUCGAGUAUGGAGGUAUCACUCCAAGUGGCCAAGGUCCCAGCACCAGGUCAGCAAGCAAAGCCUGAGGAUGUUCUCAUUACUUGUGCAUUCACGAUGGUUUCACUGGACCCUACCACGAAGAAACCAGUCUCGGUUGCACCGCUCUUGGUAGAAAGCGAAGAGGAGCACCUUCUUUUCAAAAAGGGAGAGGAGAACUACCAGGCCAAGAAGGCUCUGCGAAAAAGGAGCUUACUCGAGAAAGCUCCUGGCGAUGAGGAGAGUAACUUGAUCCAUUCCAUGUGGACCAAGGAGAUGUCAUACUUAAACCCGGAAUCGCCCGCUCAACGACCAUCCAAUAUGAUCUUCAUGAGCGAGAGUGUGUUGAAGUCAGCGAUGAUCAUGCAGCCGCAGGACCGCAAUCGCCAUAACUUCAUGAUCUUUGGCGGCUUUUUACUCAAACAGACCUUUGAACUCGCGUUCUGCUGCGCCGCUUCUUUCUCCCACGCCCGCCCGAACUUCAUUUCCCUGGAUCCCAGCACGUUUGAAAAUCCUGUUCCCGUGGGAAGCGUACUAUACCUCCGUGCCACGAUUGCAUACACCGAGCCACUGGAGCGAGACGGCAGCAAGUACACCAAGGUCCAGGUCCGUGUGGACUCGAAGGUUCGGGAUGUAGAGCACGGGACUAAGAAGUCGACUGGGCAGUUCAACUAUACAUUCCUAGUGGAGAAGGACAUCCAAGUCAUGCCCAAGAGCUACGGUGAGUUCAUGCUGUGGACGGACGCUAGAAGACGCUCCCAGAACGCUGCGGCUAUGUCGGGGUCAAAGGAGCCGAGUGCACUGAGAGGGAUCAAGGACAGCGUAACAGAGUAA